CUCAUGCCAUUGCGAAGGAUGCCACCACUGCUCUUGUUCGGCAUGCCAAAAGGCCGGGCCAGCGCCCAAAUAUUCUCUCGAGGCAUCAUUGCAUUUUUCGCAACCUUUCUGAGAUGGCGCUGCCCAAGACACCGAGUUUGGGUUAUAAAACGCCCCUCCCCUUCCUCACUUUGCUCCCCCAGUAGUGGCUGCAGCAUCUGAUGAGACAUAUGCUUGUUCUCUCCCUCUUUAUUUCUUCACUUGUCGCAUGCUGCCGGCUUCAACUGACUGAAGAGAAGCCUACUGACUGAAGAAGAAUCUACUGAAGAGGAGGAGACGAGAAGAGUUUUAAGGAUAUUCAGUCAGCUUGUUGGUAUUCAUUGAGAGGAAGCGCCAGUCAAGAACACAGGAUGGUGCAGGUGGAGAAGCUUGUGAAUCACUGCGACAUGGAGCUGAUGAAGAUGGCCAUGCUCAGGCACGAACAGACCUUCAGGCAGCAGGUCCACGAGUUGCACCGGCUGUACCACGUCCAGAAGCAGCUGAUGAUGAGCGGCAGCCUGAGGAGACCGCCGUCGGAGCUCAUCAGCUGCCGGCGGCGUCAGACCAGGCGCGGCAGGCAGCCGCGUCGCGCCCUGGACCUAGGCCUGCACCUCCCCGCUGACGACUACAUCCUCGCCGCCGGCGCGGACAACGCAACGGCAACGCCUCCGUCGCCGAGGCAAGAGGACGGGCUGGAGCUGACGCUCGCCGUCGGCAGCGGCGGCGCCUGCAGGAGGAAGCGCCGGGAUGAGCGUGCCGGCACCGGCACCCCCUUGGGGUCGGACUGCUCUGGCGGGAGCCUGACGUCGACGUCCACCGACACCGCCAGCGGAUCGCCGGCGUACCGGAGGGGGAUGCCGGCGUUCCGUCUCCAAGAAGGGGCGGCGGCGGCGAUGAAGCAGCCGCAGCCGCGGUCGCCAUGGCUCGUGCAGUGCCUCAGCCUCAAGAUGGCGUGAGAUGUGGCCAGAGCCCAGUUGGGCCACGGCAGUGGUCAUAGCAGCCGUUGGAUUUGCAAGGCCGUGGUGUCGCUCGCUCGUAGGUGAAGAUGUCACGCGGCAGGUAGGGGUAGUAGUAGUUAGUAGCCUGGUAGGCAGGGGCUUUGGGCAUGCCUUGUCAAGUAAUAAUCCCGUUUGACCAACUGCUGAUAAACGAGCACUUGAAGACCCAAUUUUCAGCAGUGCUGUUGAUCACCACGAUUAUUGGUGUA